AUGGGGAGUCGAUUCUAUGUGCGGAACUUCGUUCUUCUUGGCCUCAUAGCCAGCAGUCAACUGCAGAUCCCGGUCGAUAUAGUGGAGGACAACAUAGACAAUGAAAUAAUUUCCCUAUUUCACCUGAUCGCAUCAGUGAAGACUUAUAUAGGCAUUAACUGUUUCAUCACAUUUACGGACAAAAUCGAUUUGAGGACUUCGCUUCAGCAGCGUCUUAUGGACACUUUUUCUUUACCAGUUUAUACCAUGGCCUCGGAUCUGGGACCGCUUAAUCACCAGUACCUGAAGGCGGAGAACAUGGUGAUUGCCUUUUUCACAGGCCUGGACGAUCCCACUCUGGAAGCUCUCAAUGACCAGGACUUUCAAUAUGGUGCGGUGCUUUUGAUCCUAAUAUAUGCUGCCCCGCCGCAUCCAAAGCCCUUCGAUGGGGACUCCAUUUAUGAGCUAUUCAGCUGGUGCUAUGAUCGGUGGCUGGAUCGCACAAUUCUCAUUAUUCGGCGCACGAACGAGACGGAAAUGUGGAGCUUUUAUUUUUUGGGACAACUACGCGUGGUCAAACUUGACUCCUCUGAUGUGUUCUUGAAUAAUAUUCGAAAAGAUGACUACAAGUUUUUGCUGCAAGUUGUUAAUGAUCCUCCAACUAUAUUUUGGUACAACUCUUCGGACCAGGCAGACGUGACUGGCGGUGGCAACAUUAGUUUGUCCGGCCACAUUGGUCUGAUGAUGAUGAAUUACCUGCGCUUCCUUAAUGUGACCACGGACAUUAUUACGGUUCCGGGACAACAGACAGCUCAGUACGAGAUCUUUAGUCACCUAGACGAUCGCAGAGUGGACGUGGUGGCCAAUAUGGUGGACGACAAUAGCCUCAAAUUCAGCCCCGUGGUGAUGGAUUCACAGCUCUGUGUGUUGGUCUCGAAUCGAAGGACGAUUCCGGUGGGCAGAUACUUUGACCAAAUGGUAAGCCCUGGCGUACACCGACUUACGACCCUUACGAGCAUUGCCGUCUUCGCGAUCAAGUACUUGUCGCAACGCCAUCGAUCGAUUUUGGACCCGUUCUUCAAUACCCUUCGAUUUUUCCUAGCUCUUCCGCUGCCGAAUGGAAGCUUGGAUCGAUUGCCUAUGGCGGAUAAGUUCAUAGAAGUAUUUUCUUUUUUUUUCGUGGCCCUUUUCGUAAGUUCGAACGUAUCCCUGUUGUCCACCGUCUUUACAACGGGCAUUUACGAGCCUGCGAUCACAAACGCAGAAACGAUGCGAGCAAGUGGUCUUAAGAUAUUGACAUACGAUCCAUCUAUUGUGCAGGCUUUCAACGACAAUACUUUACCCAAUUCACUGGCGGACCAGGUGGUUCUUGUGGACUUCCCCACUAUGUUCCACCUCUUGGUUACCCUGAACGACAGUUACGCCUAUGUGGUGAAAACCCCCAAUUGGCAGUCAUUUCGACUCUUUCAGCAGCGCAUGAAGUCCGAGACUCUAAAGAUCAUUGGGGGGGAACUCUGCUCCAAGAGCCGACCCAUGCGAAUAGCCAUUAAUUCCAGAUCGCCGAUAAGGUUCUUUUUUAAAAGCUAUUUCGAAAUGGUUUUUGAGUCAGGCUUGCAAAAAAAGUGGCUCGAGAUGAGUUUUCAAAAGUAUCGGGAUGUAACGGGCUUGAAAAAGUUGCCCAUGGAUGCUAGUAGGAAUUCAGAACCGCUGACAAUUGAUUUUUUUACAUUAACUAUAAAGAUGUACAUUUGCGGGAUGGCUCUCAGCGCUUUGGUAUUCGUUAUCGAGCUGUUGCUGGACCGAUAUAAUCAUUAG